AUGAUUGGUAUUAAUCUAAAAUAUAAUAAAAUCGUUAUAGACUUGAGCAAAGAGGAUGAUAAGGAGAAUGAAUUAUUUCUAAAAAGCAUUACUCCAUUUAAAUUAAUUAUAAUAAUGAAUUAUUUAUCAGGUGAUUCAUCAGAUGAUUUAUUAGAAAAUAAUUCAGCUAAUUUAUCUAUUUUGAUGCCUCAAAAUAAAAGACGAAUAGAUAUUGUAGCCCAAGGCGUAGGCUUUUGGGCAAUUAAUACAACUGAUUUUCGACAAUAUCUCGUAACUACAAGACGUUAUACUUUUGCAGUUGAAUCCAAUGAAAUUUAUCACUCAAGAGUCAGGAGACAGUUAAGGAAUUAUUUUGGAAAUCUUACUCGUUUUAGUUUGGAUUCUGUAGACUAUGCUUUAAUCAAGAAACAUGCAGACAACUUCAAACCAAGUGCGCGUAUAAAUAAUCCAAAUGAUUUUGAAAAUCCACUAUUUAUUUCAAGCUUCCAAAAUUUAAAUGCUAUUCUGGAGUCGCCUCAACGAUUAAGUACAAUAAAAAUUAAUGUUAAAGCACAACCAUUAGAUUAUGGAGCUCCUGUAUUUAGUUAUUCUAAUAUUAAUGAUGAUACACGUAUGGUGAAUGCACAUGGUAUAGUUACUCAUAAAUACGGUGAAUUUACUUAUAUUCAACCAUUUGAAUAUAUACAAAGCGAACCCGGAAAUUCCAAUCAUUUAUUAUUUGAAGAUGUAAAUACGUUGACGAUGUUGAACGAUAAUUCUGGAUAA